CAAAUACCAAUCAUGGAAAAUUCCACUCAAAUGCUGAAGUUUAUAAAUCUUAAGGUAUAUCCAAAUUGCAGAUGAACAUACUUACAGACAUCAAUAAUAUUUUGAUGAUGAAGAGAGUAGUCUGGCUUGCUUCCUUGCUUCUCCUGGUUGUUACGUUGCAUGCUUGUUUAUCUCAUGCUCAGUCUAAUUCUACUGCAGAAUCACUUGCACUCCUCGAUUGGAAAGUCAACCUUCAAUCCCUCACAAACCGCUCUGUUUUGCCUUCCUGGACUAUCUCGCCUCGAAAUGCAGAAGCAAGUCCAUGCAGUUGGUUUGGGGUCCAUUGCAAAGGCGACAGCGUUUACAGAAUCAAUCUUACGAGCUAUGGCGUAAAAGGUACAUUGCAUGGAUUUCCAUUCUCAUCUUUGCCUAAUCUUGAAGAAUUGGACCUUAGCAUCAAUGGACUUUUCGGCACGAUCCCACCUCAAAUCAAUCAGCUCUCUAAUCUCACUUACCUUGAUUUGUCAUAUAAUCAGUUGUCUGGUAAAAUCCCACCUCAAAUUGGUCAGCUUAUUCAUCUCAGGACCCUUCACCUUGUUCAGAACCUAUUGAAUAGCUCCAUUCCUGAGGAAAUAGGUCAGCUAAAGUCCCUCGAAGAGCUUGCCUUGCAGAACAACUAUUUAAAUGGUUCCAUCCCUUCCUCUUUGGUUAACUUGGCCAACCUGACCUACUUGUAUAUGUUAAAUAAUUCCCUUUCUGGUAACAUCCCUUCAGAAAUAGGAAAUCUCAGCAGCUUGCAGGAACUUUACAUUGACAACAACCAACUCGCAGGUUCCAUCCCUUCCACUUUUGGAAAACUAAAACACUUGAGAUUGCUCCACUUGUCCACUAACAGUCUUUCAGGAUCCAUCCCUUCUGAAUUUGGGCAUAUGGAAUCGCUGAAUGAAUUAGCACUUUUUAAAAACAAUCUAUCAGGUUUCAUCCCACCCUCACUCGGAAACUUGACUGAUCUGACCAUUCUCCAACUGUAUGAAAAUAAACUUUUUGGCCCCAUUCCUGAAGAGUUAGGGAACUUGAAAUUAUUGGUUUUCCUAGAGGUGAGUCAAAACCAACUCAAUGGUUCUAUUCCAUCUUCAUUUGCUAAUUUGAGCAACUUGGAAACUUUGUUCCUCCGAGACAACCAACUUUCCGGUCCCAUACCUCAAGAAAUAGGAAACCUCAUGAAAAUGUGGAUGUUGGAACUCGAUGGAAACCAGUUCACUGGGCAGCUGCCGCAAAACAUUUGCAGAGGUGGAACACUGGAAUAUUUCAUAGCCAAUGACAACCAUUUCAGAGGACCAAUACCCAAAGACUUGAAAAACUGCAGCAGCCUAAAAGAGUGCGCCUGGAAAGAAAUAGACUGA